GGUCGGAAACAGAGGACGCUUCGAGAACUUGUAUGGUGAUAAGGAAGAAAUAUCGACUGUAAUGUGGCUUUCGUUGCUUACAGCUUUUGGAUUUGACAUUUAGCUGUGUAUUAAUCAAAAUAGUUUAAGUCGUGUGGAAUUUUAGACCUCAAAUAUCACAGGGACAAUUCAGUGCCGUGUUCGCAAUAUGUCUGCGCCCUGUGACAGCACACACUGAGUGGAGGACAUGUGGAAGCCCGUGCAUGUGGCGUCACCCAGGAUCUGGAGCAAGUUUGGAUGCAGACUCUGCUCUGAAAACUCAUCCAACACACAGUCUUUAAGUCAUUCCCGGACACAAGCAGAAAAAGCCAAACGCAGACAAGCCCGGGAAAAGGCCAUUCUCAGUAGUGACGUGAAUGAUGAUGGACUGAGCUGGUCAGAUAAAGAAAAAAUAAAGUACACAGCUAAACUCUCACCUGGAGAGAAGAAAGACACCACUCUGCCCUUCCCACAAUCCUACAGCCCAGAGUAUGUGGAUUUUGGCUGGUAUCAGUGGUGGGAGAAACAGGAAUUCUUCAGUCCCGAGCAGCAUAGUAAACAACCCCAUGCAGUUAAUAAACACUUUUCCUUGUGUAUUCCUCCACCCAAUGUGACUGGGACUUUACAUCUCGGACAUGCGCUGACCGUGGCAAUAGAAGAUGCUUUGGCUCGCUGGCGACGUAUGCAGGGCUAUAAGGUGCUAUGGGUUCCAGGCUGUGACCAUGCUGGGAUUGCAACACAGUCGGUGGUGGAAAGGAAACUGUUGAGGGAACAAGGGAAAAGCAGACAGGAUUUCAGCAGAGAGGAGUUUCUCAAACAGGUCUGGAUGUGGAAAAAUGAAAAAGGGGAUGAGAUUUAUCACCAGCUGAGAAAACUGGGUGCAUCUCUUGACUGGAGCAGAGCCUGUUUUACCAUGGACCCGGCUUUCAGCAGUGCUGUGACGGAGGCGUUUGUCAGGCUGUGUGAUUCUGGACUCAUCUAUCGUGCUGAAGGUCUGAUCAACUGGAGCUGUACAUUAGAGUCUGCUAUCUCAGAUAUAGAGGUGGACUCAAAGGAGCUUCCCGGCAGGACUCUUCUGUCUGUUCCCGGCUAUGAGCAGAAAGUGGAAUUCGGGACAAUGGUUACAUUUGCAUAUCCUUUGGAGGGACAGGAGGGAGAAGUUGCAGUUUCAACCACUCGUCCAGAGACAAUGCUGGGAGAUGUGGCCAUUGCUGUUCAUCCUGAUGACCCUCGAUAUAAACAUCUUCAUGGCAAACGCUGCAGGCAUCCUUUCACUGAGCGGUUAUUACCCAUUGUGACUGACACUACGGUGGAUAUGACAUUUGGCACAGGUGCUGUUAAACUGACUCCAGCUCAUGACCACACUGACUUCCUACUCUCUCAGAAGCAUUCGCUCCCUCGCCUCACUGUGAUUGGAGGAAACGGAACCAUGACAUCAGUUUGUGGCCAAUGGCUAGAGGGUGUUAAGCGUUUUGAUGCCAGAGAACGAGUAAUCUCUGCUCUGAUGGAGAGGAAGCUUUUCAGAGGAAAGAAGGAUCAUCCAAUGUCAUUACCAAUCUGCAGCCGUUCUGGAGAUGUCAUCGAACCCUUGCUGAAGAAACAGUGGUUUGUGCGCUGUCAGGAAAUGGCCAAAAAAGCAGUUCAGGCAGUGGAAGAAGGAGAUCUGCAGAUUAUUCCUCAGUUUUAUUCAAAAAUGUGGAAGAGCUGGUUGUCCAACAUCAGUGACUGGUGUGUUUCCAGACAGCUUUGGUGGGGUCAUCAGAUACCAGCCUAUAGAGUGACACUGCAAAACUCGAUGAACACAGAAGAGGAGCAUUGGGUUUGGGGCAGAAGUGCUGCAGAGGCUCAACAGCGUGCCACUAUAAAGUUUGGAGUGAAUCCUGAGGCCAUCACACUCACACAGGACCCAGAUGUGCUGGACACUUGGUUCUCUUCUGGUCUCUUCCCAUUUGCCAUGCUCGGCUGGCCUCAGCAGACUAAAGACCUGACACAAUUCUACCCCAAUUCCAUCCUGGAAACAGGCAGCGACCUCAUCUUUUUCUGGGUGGCCAGGAUGGUGAUGCUGGGCACAGAGUUGACAGGACAGCUGCCCUUUAAACAGGUGCUCUUUCACUCUCUGGUGAGGGAUAAAUACGGGCGGAAGAUGAGUAAAUCUUUAGGAAAUGUCAUCGAUCCUCUUGAUGUCAUCUCAGGGGUGUCUUUGGAGAGACUUCAAGAGAAAGUUAAAGAAGGAAACUUGGACCCGAGAGAGAGCAUUGUUGCCAUUGAAGCACAGAAGAAAGAUUUCCCCAAAGGGAUCCCCGAGUGCGGUACAGACGCUUUGAGGUUUGCGCUUUGCUCUUAUAGAGCUCAAGGAGAGGACAUCAGUCUGUCCAUGUCCCAUGUGCUGAGCUGCAGACAUUUCUGUAAUAAGAUGUGGCAGACGGUUCGCUUCACCCUCGCCACACUGAAUGAUGCAAGUUUACCAACACCAUUAGCUGAGACAUAUCCUCUAUCCAGUAUGGACAAGUGGAUAUGUUCCCGUCUUUACAGCACGGUUAAGGAGUGUGAGCAGGGUUUUGAGAGCUAUGAGCUACACACGGUCACGUCCGCGCUGCACUCUUUCUGGCUCCACUGUCUGUGUGACGUCUACCUGGAAAGCAUCAAGCCACUGCUGAAGCCUGAAGGCUGUGAAGAGAGAGUCGGAGAGAGGCAGGUGGCCACAUCUGUGUUGUAUCACAGCGUGUCUGUAUCUCUGGCUCUCCUCUCGCCCUUUAUGCCGUUCCUCACAGAGGAGCUGUGGCAGAGACUCCUGCCGUAUGGUCACUUUGACAAGACAUCCUGCAGUUUGUGUGUUCAUCCCUACCCAAAGACCUCACAGCUGGAGCACUGGUAUUUUCCCAAGGAGGAAGCAGACUUCUCUCUGGUACAGGAAGUGGUCAGAGUGACGAGGUUACUGAGAGCCCAGUGCCAGAUGACGAAGGAAAAACCAGACUUGUACGCAGUGUGUGCUCCAGAUCAGAUGGAGAUUCUCCUGUGCUUCAGAUCUGCGAUUUGCACUCUGGGUCGAAUCUCGACUCUUCAUCUGCACUGUCCAGAGGCAGGAUUCAGCGACUGUCCUCCAGCUAAAGCCAGCGCUGUAGGGGUGGUGGAUCAUUCCCUCUGCUUACAUCUUAGUGCUCAGAACGGUGUUAAUGCUGACAAACAGAGAGCGAUUCUAUGUCAGCGCAGAGAAAAGCUGGCGUUCAAAUUAAAACAAGCCCUCGCUCGCACACAGACGCACAGCUACAUCGAAAAAGUACCUCAGAAAGUCAGACAAGAGAUGGAGAAUAAGAUCACAGCCAUGGAGCAGGAAAUGAAGAACAUCGAGGACCAACUUUUGGCUUUGAAGGAUGCAAAAUAAGAAGAUCCAAACACUAAAGUCUUCCAAUAAUAAUUUUUUAAAUGAGAAAUAUGUCUCUACAUAGAUAUAUGGCAAAACAUACAGUAAAUGGAAGGUGCACAUG